AAUCACUCAAAUAAAAAUUUAUUUUAGCAACACUAGUGUCAUGUCAUGUAGUAAAUGUCAAGUUUUCACAAGUGUAUGUUAGAAAAUUAAAUUUAUUUUGCCGAUAAAUCGUUGAUAAUGGCAGAUCUGCUAAGUAUUCACGAUGAUAUUAAAUUAUAUACAACUUCAGACAAAUUCUAUUUGGAGCCCACAAUACAUCCCACAGAGAUUCUAGUUAUAGACAGAGUCACUGGGGAAGCUUCUGUCAAAGACAUUGGUUCAGUAAAAAUUCCUAUCCCAGCGAAUGCAUACCGACCAGUAUGUGGCUUCCUGGGUUCAAUCAAGCUUAUAUCUGGAUUAUAUUUAGUUGUCGCCAAAUACAGAAUUUUGGUGGGCAAACUAAAUGGGCACGAGAUAUACCAGCUGGCGGGCACAGACAUCAUACCUUAUGCACGCUCCAACACACAUUUAACUAGCAAACAGAUAGAAGACAACGCGACAUACGAGCGCAUGCUCCGCGCGGCGCUGGACACGGUGGGCAUCUACUUCUCCUACAGCUACGACCUCACGCACUGCCUGCAGCGCCUGCACUCCGUCACUCCGGACUUCCAUAGGAUGUCCAUAGCAAACCGCGCGGACCCUCGGUUCCUGUGGAACGGCUUCCUACUGCGCGACUACUCUCACCAGCAGUUCUCGCGGUUCACGCUGCCGAUCAUACAAGGCUUCGUGUCUAUAAACAACGUGACAGUGAACGGUCACUCGUUGACGUGGUCGCUGGUGUCGCGGCGGUGUGUCGACAGGGCAGGGACCAGGUUCUUCAUGCGAGGAGUCGAUGCGCAGGGUAACGUAGCGAACUUCGUGGAAACGGAACAGAUAAUAGAGCGUGGUGGGGAGAAGUCUUCGUUCGUGCAGACGCGGGGUUCGAUCCCGUUGUUCUGGAGCCAGUACCCCGACAUCAAGUACAAGCCCGCCAUGCAACUGUCGCAUGAGGACCAUGUCGCCGCUUAUACUAAGCAUUUGAGGGAUCAGCAACAGAGAUAUGGGAAUCAGGUGUUGGUUAAUUUGAUCGACCAGCACGGCAAGGAAGAAGCGUUGGAGCGCGGGUUCCGCGCGGCAGUGGCGGCGGCCGCGCUGCCCGGCGUCAGGUACGAACCGUUCGACUUCCACGCCGAGUGCCGCUCCAUGCGGUACUACCGGCUCAACGUGCUCAUUGACAGGAUCAAGUUGGAACAGGCAGAAUUCGGUUACUUCCUCUCCCGCGGAGGAACAGUCCUCCUCCGGCAGAACGGAGUGUUCCGCACGAACUGCGUGGACUGCCUGGACCGCACCAACGUGGUGCAGAGCCUGCUGGCGCGCCUGCAGCUCACGGCCGCGCUCAGGAUACUCGCCGUCACCAACAGCGACGACGAGAAGCAUGCUGAGUUCGACAACUUGUUUAACAAUGUAUGGGCAGACCACGCAGACAUAAUAUCGACACAGUACUCGGGUACAGGCGCCCUGAAGACAGACUUCACCCGUACAGGCAAGCGGACUCGACUGGGACUUGUGCGCGAUGGGGUCAACUCUCUCACGCGAUACUACAAGAACAACUUCAGUGAUGGGUUUAGACAGGACUCGAUCGACCUGUUCCUGGGUAAGUACGUGGUGACGGACGGCGAGGGCAACACGCUGCCCUGUCCACUGCGCAGGGACAGAGACUGGAAGUAUAUCACGUUCCCGUCGGUGCUACUGGUGGCGAUGUCGAUGUUCUGCGCGAGCGCGACGCUGCCGCAGCGCUACACCAGCGAGGUGCUGCUGUACCUCAUGUUCUGGGGCGCCGCCGUCACCGCCACGCUCACCUUCAUCUUCAGACACGGCAAGGAGUUCGUGGACUGGCCCCGGCUGGACGCGGGCGGGCUGGCCGCGGCGCGCGCCCUGCCGCCGCCGCAGUCGUUAUGAUCAUAGACACGCCGCUCGUUGUCGUCGUCUAACUCGAUACCCAUCCCACUCUCUCUCGCUCGCACGCACUGUGGCCGAGCGAGACAGACAGCUUUUUGCUAACCACGCCUUUUUAUUCUAGUGUUGUCUAAUCUUUAGUUGAAUACCGGUCUUAAUGUUAGGAUGUUAAAGGGCUAUACUAGCGGUUUGGGAGCGAAUACGCCGCGGUUGUGUCGCGAAUACGUCGCGGCUGUGUCGCAAAUACGCCGAGGCGUGUUUGUCGUAUUCGUUGCACUCCCGUUCCCCUUUUAACAUGCUCCUUAACCGCUAGUCUGAAAAGGCCCAGUUUAAAAUGAUUUACGGUGGAAAAUCCUGAUGUUAUCUUGCCUUGUCAAAUCUUUAGUUGAAUGAAUAUCUUAAAGUAUGAAGAUAAGGUUUAAAAUUGUUCACAAUGGAAAUUGGUGAUGUGAUUUAAGCCUUCUUGGUUCUUAUGUCCCUUUCAAUAGGGUUUAUUUUCAAGUAUUUAUCAUGGUUGCUAUAUAAAUAUUAGGGAAUGUGUGUAGUUCAAUUAUUUAAUUUAAAUAAAGAGGUUCUGUGUUUGUGUGAAUGGUGUUAUUUGAGUGAAAAUAGAGAAUUGAAAUGCGUUAUCUUUAUUAGGGUAAACGGUUAUUAGUAUUUUGGGGUUUUCGGAGUAUUUAAAGUACUUAUAGUUCAUUGAUAUACAAUUACAUAUAUGUGUUAAAGCAUUAACUGUCGAAAGAAAACUGUUCGGUGGUAAAAGGCGUGACAACGAUCCUAAGGCCGCGUUUCCCCUGACGCGGAGCAGAGGAGCUUACCGGUGCACGAAUUGACCAAUCACUAUGCUCGAAAUCUCCGCUCCGCUUCAAUGGAAAAGAUUUAAAGACGGCUUAAGACUAAAAUAUUAAACAAAAAUUUUUUGUUUCCCAACUAUCUUAUUUUUUUAGGAUUUUUUGUAUAUCAAUGAGCUAAAAUAUAAUUUAAAAACAAGCAUUUUUAUAUAGUACAAAAUAAUCAAACAUUAGCGAGUAUUACAUUGUACCAAAAUGAAAUAUUUUAGAGAAAAUUACUCGAAACAAAACUAUUUUUUAAGACAGGCAACACUAGAAUAGAAAGGCGUUUCAUAAAACCUUCAUAUACAACCUUCUUCCUUAGAACACAUGAAUCCAAGUCUACCACAGUUUUGAAUUUAAAACUUAUUCCUUAUAGUAUAGAGUUCAUUUUGUAUCUUUGCCGAGUAAAGAUCAAAUGUCCAUGUACAAAAUUAUUAAUGUCUUUUGGAUAGUUGUUUUUAUAGACAAGAAAAAGUAUAUUUGAAUGAAACAAAGUUUUUUUCUAUAAUUAUGUUAGUCUUUUUCCUAUCACGGGACCUUUGGAAGGCGUAUGAUGGGCCAAAACCAACUCGCAGAGGCCCGUUGAACAAUUUUAAUCUAUGUGAAAUGGGACAUCAGCCUGCAAUUAUCCCUGUAUGCACUAUGAAAGUGCACCCAAAGACAAUCCCGGUUGAUGCAGGACUAUUGUGAAAUAUGGUAAUAAUAAAUGAUAGGGUUAUGGGUGUGGGUGGCUAUGGAAUAGUUAACCAGUUAACUAUUAUUACUAUUGAGAAUAUAGUGUUUACGCGUAACUGUUCGGGAGUGCUCGACUAGUUUCAAGCCACAACUGGGGCUUAUAAACCUGAACAACAUGUGUAGCGAUGGACAUAAUAAUUAGUUUACAGUAAUUAAUUUUUCUUGUCUAUACAAAUAAUUACCAUAGACAUUUUGUUAGACCAAAAUUGUUGCUAUUUUUGCUUAUUGUCAAUUUAUUGGUAUUUAUUAGGUGUUUAUUUGAACUUGAUCUUUUAAAAACGCCUUUGGAAGUCUGUUAGACAGGGAUAGCACUAUCUGAUUAUGGUUCUAUUCCUCUCGUACCGAGAUAGAUUUAAACACUACAAUUGGUAACUGAAUUUUAGUUUUGCUUUGUUUAAUUUUAUGUGCAGUCAGAAAACGUUCAAAUUAUAUUCAAACAUAGUUUUAAACAAAUCUUUUGAACUGAAAGUAUCGAAAUUCAUGAAUUCCUUAUUUUUUUCUUUUUAUCUCGUCAAGUUCAAAUAAACCGCCAUGUUCAAUAAAUAUUUUGUAGUAAUAUGUAUUAGCAUUCCAUUUGUAAGUCGUAUGCGAUUUGUUGAACUUAUUUAUUUUAACUGAAUUUAUUUUGACAUACAUCGAACUAUAUUGUAAGGUAAUAUACCUCUAGAGCAAUUCCUCCAAAGUAUUAUUAAGUAUCGCGAUUCGUAGUUAUAUGUUAUACUAGGCACUGCCAGCGGCUUCGCCCGCGUUACCGUUUGAUAAAAAAGUAAAAUAUCCUAUCAUCCAAGCUCAUACCCUGUCUGUAUACCAAAUUUCAUCAAAAUCCGUUUAGUAGUUUCAGCGUAAUUGACGGACAAACAUCCAAACAAACGAACUUCUAUUUACUAUUACUAUAUAUUUGCCUCCUAUCACGAUAGGACUAAAAUAACUAGUAAAACCGAUACAGUAAGUACCCACCCAUUAUUUCUAUACAAAAAUAUACUUUAUAUCAUAAAAAAUAAAGUCAAAAGUUCAACAAAUCGCAUGGUCUUGUCCUAACAGAACAAAUCUUAUUGGUAGCCAACCAGUAUGUAGGUUCUAGCUUUUAUACCUCUUUUCAUUAAAUAUGGUGUGUGAUCUGUGGUCCUAUAAUUAUGUUCCUGGUCAAGGAAUUGACAGUUUAUUGUGUAUGGAUGCGCGGGAAGUUGGGUUUUUUAAUACGUUUGGGGUAAUUACGAACUUAUUUUUGAGGGAGUAGAGGUGAAAUUUGAGUAACGAAUGGUAGUGUUAUGGUUUCUUCGUCAUAUAUGUACUUAAUUAUAUUGGUAGACCGAGUUUAGUUGCUAAAGAACAGACAGAAGUUUAAAUUUUGACGCCUUAAAACAAAAUAUAUAUUAAUAGAGACUAAUACCUAAUUAUAUUAUGUCGAUAUCAAAUCUAACAACAAAUACUUACAAUAAUAUAAUCAAUUCACAUAUUGUAAUAUUCAAACUGAUGAAUAUCAAUGAGAUAAACAUCGUAUAAAAAAAUGCAUUGUUUAUCUGACAGCUAUGACGGGUCAUUCACCUUACUUUGGACAAAGCAUGAAUUUAUUUAGUGAUGCCAUAAAGAACUGAGAACAUUUAUUAACUUUUGUUAGUCUUUACAUGUCGUUACUACGUGAAAUACAUAUUUUUGCUUAAAUAAAACAGCCCUGUUUAAGUACCAAAAUUAAUAGAAAUUGGUUCAUCAAUUAUGAUGAAGGUAUGCAUGACCAAAUAAAUAUACUCACAUUACAUUGGCUUCUUUCUAACAUUUGCUAGGUACGAAUUUAGGAUCUCCAAUUUUUUCUUCAAAAAUAGUUUUUAAAGGUUCCUGAUAAAUAACUAACUUCACCGUAAUUUCAAAUAAAAGUUUCACAGCAAAAGGUACAACAUUUGGCGCCAAAUUAAAAUGGCGUCAUAAAAA